UCAUGCUGGGGGCGUGUCCCGGGAGAGUUUGUGGCAGAAGACGGAGGACUCUGCAGCCCUGAACGGAAGCGUCGCGGAACAUGUUCUCCUCCGUCCCUCCGGGGAAGAAGCUGGUCCGCAGCUGCAGCGGACUCCGCAUGGUGGCGGACGGCGGCAUGAACUCCCCGUUCUGCCUGGAGGAGCCGCAGUGGGUCCCGGAUAAAGAGUGCCACAGAUGUAUGCAGUGUGACAUCAAGUUUGACUUCAUGAAGAGGAAGCACCACUGCCGGCGCUGUGGCCGCUGCUUCUGCGACAAGUGCUGCAGUAAGAAGGUACCACUGGCCCGCAUGUGCUUUGUGGACCCAGUCCGGCACUGUGCUGAGUGCAGCCUGGUCUCUCAGAAGGAGAUGGACUUUUUCGACAAGCAGCUCAAAGUCCUUAUUGCAGGAGCAACCUUCAAUGUAACGUCAGGAGAAUCGGAGAAACCUGAAAUGAUGACCUGCCGGCUCACCUCCCACCACCUCUACCUCUGGCUGGACGGUGAGACUCACUUUGAGGUGAUGGUGAGUCGGAUUUCCAGCAUGCAGAUUUUGACAGAUGCUGCAAGUCCAGGAGACAGCGACAUCCACUCUUACUGCAGUCUGCUGGACAGUCACUUUAUACCUGAAGCAGAGAGCUCGCGGCCCAGCGGCAUCCUCAUUCACUACAAGCUGGUGUCGCGGGUGGACACCGAGCAGCUGCGCAUGGAUGUCACGGAAGACAAGAAGGGCCCGGCGUGGCUGGCUGCCAUGUACAAGGCCGCCAAAAUGAUGAAGGAAUCUGUGGACCAGUGACCGUCCCGCUGCACACCCAGUCUUCCUGGGAUCUGAUUGGCUUCUGGUUGUGAUUACUCAUCACUUCUUUAUUCCAGUUUUCUUUAACACCAAUUUACAACAAAUGUUUAUAUGAAGAAAAGGUUAAUGUGCAGCAAAACAACGUUUGCUUUCUGGGUUUUCAGAGAGAAAAAGGCUUUUGAGACGCUGAAGCUUCAGCUAAGCCAGUUUUUCCUCAAACUUUACUUUUUCUUUUGCACAAAAUCAAACUUUAUAUGACACACUUUAUAUAACUAAAGCAAACCUAUGACACUGCACCUUUUUAUAAACUCUUAACUGAAGCAACACAAUAACUUUAUACUGUUGGUUAUAUUCUUGCUGUUGAGACAUUUUCUGGUUUUUGAGGUGGAGUUGGGACCAAGUAGGGACUCUCAUGGGGCCUGAGCUGAGCCCAGGUCUUCCAGAAGCAGCUUAACGGACAGAUCCAACAGGAAAAAGCAAUCUUUUCUCCUGAAAAGGCCUUCAUUGGGAACAGUCGCUCGGUUACAGCUGUUCCUUUAUCGGUACCAACACAGCAGAUGUUUAAAUUAAAGUCAGCAACCCUGGAAAUGCAAACUGAAGUAAGCGUCUGAUGUGAACUGAAGCCUUCAGCCUCCGAGUCCAAAGAGCUUCAGACUUUUCUCUCUCUAGGACACAAAGACAUGCUUUAACUGUAGUUCCAAGUAUUAAAGUUUUGUAUGAUAUAUUUUGUUAAGUAUUUUGACAGAUGGCAUGUAUGUUUUUUCAUAAUUUUUAAACAGAACUCUGUCAAGUAUUUUUAAUACACGCAUCCUCCUGUCUUCUGUCCUUUUGUUUUGUAUUGUGCAGCACAGACGCAGACGGUGGUUCAUGGAUGAGCUCACUGACUGUAAUGCAGCUGCUGCUCAUGUCUGUGAACGCUGCAGCUCGUGCUUCCUGCAUUUCAUGUCAAUAAAAGCUUCACGCUGCACUUACCAAUG